CACUUCCGGUGGAAUGUUCCAACGGACUUAUCCUUGGACUUUAAAAGGACCCGCUGAAAAAGUGGCUGGGAAGCUGACAGGUAACCGGUUGUGUGAUGACUGUGAAAUUGAGGCCGUGGCAACAUUAAACUCAGGCGUUAAAUUCAUUUUCAAAUUGAUCUGCUGAAAAACAGAACAAAAAUACAUAACGAGGAAAAAUAAGAUUAUAGGAUCCCAGUGCGUGCGUUUCUCCAUCCUUUGAUUUGUAUACACUAAGUAAUCAGUGGAGCUCCUUCGAAGUUGUUGCACUUUGAGCCAGACAUGAUCAUGGUCCACCUGACGUCCUCCUCUGGUAGGUUCCCUUUCUCACUCUCUUCUCUUAAUCUGGAUUACCGUACACCUCAGCAUGGGUGUCAGGGAUGGAAGCUGAGGUGUACUGGCAUCAAAUUGGGCUGGAAAACAAAUAUGAUGAUGUUUGGACAGAAGUUUUAUAAACAUACACAGCACGACCAACACAUUUUAUAGGAGAAAUUUCUUCUCGUGUUACAACUUCAGUAUUAUUAUUGUUCAUUAUUGUAUACUGACUAUGAUUUGUACAUAUACUAAUUAUAAUGCUUACUUCAGCACCACACCAUAUUCAGUAUGCCCAGUUAACCUUCGUUAACAGCUGUGCAUCAUUUAUGCAUUAAUUGUAAAUUCAUCACCAUAUAUUUUUUACUAUAUGUCAACAUUUCAGAACACAUUCAAUCUAAAAAGUAUAUAGUUUAAAUUGUCCAGUGCAUUCACUUAAGAUUAUCGACCUUUGUGAAUCGUGAGCUCUGAGUUUUCCUUGUUUUCCAUUUGGUCUUUUUAGUUGUUACCAGGAAACAUAGGGUAUUACAUAACAAAGGUCUUCCCGUCAUGCUUUGCACUCAUUAGGGGCAACCCAGAAAUAGAGACCUGUUUGAAAUUGACAGUGCAUCUCUGGCUCUGGCUUUCUCCUCUUUUUAUUAGUGACCAAGAGAGUGAAUUGAGUGGUUAGAUUAAAACUUGCCAGUAAAAUCUUUUAGCUAGUUUAAGCUGCAUGCGUGGUUCUCUAAUGAUGCUUAGGGUGACAAAAGUUAACCAACUGGAUUAUAUGGGAAGCUUGGCAAUUCCAUGAUUUCCCGAUUUAAUGCAGAAUCUUAUCUGCAUUAACUGUUGUGCUUUGUUUUUCCUGUAAAAAAAGAUUUAGAUAGUAAUUUAAAUACCAAAUUGCAAUCUAGGCUAAAGUUCUGAAUGAAAAGUAAAAAAGCAUGCUGUCAAGUUAAAGUGCAAGUGAUUGUUGGCUUUCUGUUGUGUCUCAUACGCUGUUUUCUUUCAGAUGAAGAGUCUCUUGAAUUCGCCUGGCUUUGGAAUCACAGGAAGUUCAGGGUGAAAAACACUUGAAGGGUUAAAUAUAUUGAAGCUUUGCAGGUUUCUUUCAGUGCACCAAAAAACUCUUUCUGAGCGAUCGGGCCACAGAACUUCAGAUCAAGGAGUUUGCGCGUAAAAAUGCGGCUAAUGCACUGUCAGUUGCCAACAUGGUCAUGGGCAUGGCCUCGAUUCUCAGCAGCCUUAAUGGGCAUCAUCACGCUGCGUGUUGGCUCGUUCUGAUUGGCUACCUCCUGGAUUUGGCAGAUGGAGCAGUUGCCAGGCAACUCAAUGCAUGCUCUGCACUGGGUGCAAAGCUAGAUGAUUUUGCUGACUUCACGACCUUUGGGAUUGCGACGUCAUUGCUCCUGAGAACAUCUGAUCUGCUCGACAACAUCCUGUGCAUGUGUUACGUCCUUUCUGUCUUUGUCCGCCUCUGUUUCUUCUCCAGUGGGAUCCCUUUCAUGUAUCGUGGCCUGCCCUGUAUUUACUCGUCAGCCAUCUUGGCAAGUGCCUCUUUGCUGUCGGGGGGAAACAUGGCAUUGCUCCGAGUCAUUGCAGUUGCUAUGAUCCUCUUCAUGAUCAGCCAGAACUUUUACCCUCACGACAGAGUGCUGGAGUCGCAGGCCUGGAAGAAAGUAGUCUACGCUGGAGGAAUCAUCAUGUUGUUCUGCUCUUCCUUCCCUCCUGCGUGUAUGUACUACCUGCUGUGGUCUGUCUCCUACAUUUUGUUCCCAACAUCCCUAUGGAGCAGUAAAGUGUAAAAGGGAUGCUGGCACGCUUAAAAACACUCCCAAACAGGUUUACCUCAGCCCGUCCAGGUGAACCAAGGCUUACAGAUUACUGCUGCGUCUUACUGCUGUGGAGGAUUCAAGCUAAUUCAUGCAUCACAUGCAUGCACUCUGCUUAAUGUUUUUAUUUUGUUUUGUUUUUUUGAGAUGACACCUCUGAGGGAACCUAAAAUCAGUAAGAAUGAUUAGCAAGGCAUUUUAUGUUACUGGUGAGGAUUAACCUUCAUCCUGUCAUCUAUUAAACCCCCUUCUUCAGUAUUAAUCCAAUCUUGGUCAGUAUUGGGAGCACAUGGCAGCAAGCACAUCUACAGUAUGAUUCUAAAUAUUAUUUUAAAAAAUAUAUAUAUUUCCAAUAUUUUCUUACUUCUAACUUGUUGUGGUUUAUCGCAAAUGACUUAAUAAUAUUUAUUUCAUAGUGUUGAGUGUAGUUAAAGAAAUGGCUACUGAAAUAGUAACAAUUAUGUAGGUAUGUGCUCUAAUCCAUGAAUCAAAAGUAAUAUCUCAUUGAGAUUCAGAAUUUCAUGCCCUCUCUGCAUCUAUACUUUAAAACAAAGUCAUUUUAAUUCAUCCAGUAGACCCAUUUUGAUUAAAAUUAUAUUUUUUAACGUUUGUUUUUUGGAUUGAGAUCAUUACCGUUUACGGAGAGGUCUUAAAUCCAGUGAUAAAGGAAAAUAUAAUUAUUUAAUAUGAUUGUAGUGUCCUUCACAAUUUUGAUUUGCUGUUUGAAUAUAUGUUUUAAAUAACUUACUGACCAGUACUCUUGUAAGUUAGGGGCUUUUAUUUAAGCUUCAAGACUAUAUGAUGCAAUAGAUUCCCUUAUUUCAUCAAUGUGUGAUUAUUUUUUUAUUGGGUUAUUAUAUGCAUUUGCCUCUGUUUUAAGAGGCAUUAUGGUUUAAAUAGUAAGUAAAUCCACACUGGACUGUAAUGAUGUGAUGAAUUAGUGAUGUCACAACAGGUGUCUUUAGAACAUCUUAUGUGGCAUAAGGAGUCAAGUUGAAAUACUAAAUCCCCAGCAGUUUUCUGCCUCAUGUAGUGUGAAUUUACCCUUAGAGAGGCUUCCAAACCUUUCCUGCCAUCUAGUGGGUAAAAUUACUGCACGUUCUGCUUCAACUUAAAGGUAAGAUAAUGUCAGAGUCAGUGCUGAGUUUGAUCACAAGCAUAGUGCAGCAGACAUUAAACCCGAAGAGGCUGGUGGAGGAAAUAAUGUGUGUGAUGAUAUUGGCCAGUAUAUAUCUGAUCUGAGACAAAUCACUUGUUUUGUAGAUCUUAUUUAGUAAGAACGCAUUUUUGAAAUCUCUCAUUGUGUUUCACAGUGGGUGUUAGUGCCUCUCUGCAUUGUGAGUAACAAAUGAUUAUGAUUGUUAGGUUUUUCUCUGCAUGUAUUAUUGUAAGGUCUACCUUACGAUAUAAAGGCGA